UGCAUCUCUUUAUUUAGUAAGAAAUAUGUUGUAUGGUAAGAUUGGCAUUCGGAUUUGUCUCCAAGGUUCGUUUACUAAAAGACUUGAGUUAGAAUGGCAAUCUGCUUGCAGACAAGACCAAGAUCUGCUGAAAAGCACGUACUGUGUUUCGAUGUGGAAAAUGGGUUGUCUAUCGGGCGCAGUCCACUGGACCCCAGUCCAAGCUCUGGUCUGGUCCUCCAAGCAAACAGCCAGAGGCGAGAGUCUUUCCUUUACCGCUCGGACUCGGAUUUCGACAUCUCGCCCAAGACGAUGUCCAGAAACUCCUCGACAACCAGCGAACUGUGAGCUUUUACCACAUACUAAAGCAAAAUAUGUCAUAGUAUUCUGUCAUUGAACUGGCUCAACUCUUUUUCUGUUCAGAGUGAUUUCUUGCUUAAUUAUUACUUCAUCUUUUGGCAUGUAGCUCCUAAGAGUAGCUCUAGAAGCAAGUGUGGGAUAGAUGUUGUAAUAGUGUAAAUAUAACGACAGUGUGAAAAACCAUUCACAACCAAGAAAUGCUUAAAAAAAGGAAAAUGUAAGAUGGGAUUGGGAGUGCAGAAUUAAGAAAUAAGCCUUUCAUUAAAAAUGUCAAUCAAUAAAGUGUGUGUGUGUAUGUGUGUAGUGAUAAUAUAUAUGAAACAA